GGCGCGCGGCGCGGUUGCUCUGCUGCUCACAGACCGAGCGCGUCGCGGGGAGUCGGCGCCCAGGCGAAGCGGGAAGGCGCCAGCUCUGCCGCCGUCGCCGCCGCUGCCGCUGGCCAAGGUGCUGGACGCCACAGGCCCUUGGGCCGCCUUGCCAGCUCGGGUACCCGUUGCAGCCGCCGCUGCCUCGCUCUCAGCUUGGUCCCCAUGGAAGAAAUGGAAGAAGAGUUAAAAUGCCCGGUGUGCGGCUCUUUCUACCGGGAGCCCAUCAUCCUGCCUUGCUCGCACAAUAUAUGUCAGGCGUGCGCCCGCAACAUCUUGGUGCAAACCCCGGAGUCGGAGUCCCCCCAGAGCCGCCGGGCCUCGGGCUCCGGGGUCUCCGACUACGACUACCUGGACCUGGACAAGAUGAGCCUGUACAGCGAGGCGGACAGCGGCUACGGCUCCUACGGGGGUUUCGCCAGCGCCCCCACUACCCCUUGCCAGAAGUCCCCUAACGGCGUCCGUGUGUUUCCUCCAGCCAUGCCGCCGCCGGCCACCCACCUGUCACCGGCCCUGGCCCCAGUGCCCCGCAACUCCUGCAUCACCUGCCCCCAGUGCCACCGCAGCCUCAUCCUGGAUGACCGGGGGCUCCGCGGCUUCCCCAAGAACCGCGUCCUGGAAGGAGUCAUCGACCGCUACCAGCAGAGCAAAGCCGCGGCCCUCAAGUGCCAGCUCUGCGAGAAGGCGCCCAAGGAGGCCACCGUCAUGUGUGAACAGUGCGACGUCUUCUACUGCGACCCCUGCCGCCUGCGCUGUCACCCACCCCGGGGGCCCCUCGCCAAGCACCGCCUGGUGCCCCCGGCCCAGGGCCGCGUGAGCCGGCGGCUGAGCCCGCGCAAGGUGUCCACCUGCACGGACCACGAGCUGGAGAACCACAGCAUGUACUGCGUGCAGUGCAAGAUGCCCGUGUGCUACCAGUGCCUGGAGGAGGGCAAACACUCCAGCCACGAAGUCAAGGCUCUGGGGGCCAUGUGGAAGCUGCACAAGAGCCAGCUCUCCCAGGCGCUGAACGGGCUGUCAGACAGGGCCAAAGAAGCCAAGGAGUUCCUGGUGCAGCUCCGUAACAUGGUGCAGCAGAUCCAGGAGAACAGUGUGGAGUUCGAGGCCUGCCUGGUGGCCCAGUGUGACGCCCUCAUCGAUGCCCUCAACAGAAGGAAGGCGCAGCUGCUGGCCCGCGUCAACAAGGAGCACGAACACAAGCUGAAGGUGGUUCGAGAUCAGAUCUCUCACUGCACUGUGAAACUGCGCCAGACCACGGGUCUCAUGGAGUACUGCUUGGAGGUGAUUAAGGAAAACGACCCUAGUGGCUUUUUGCAGAUCUCUGACGCCCUCAUAAGGAGAGUGCACCUGACUGAGGACCAGUGGGGGAAGGGCACACUCACUCCCAGGAUGACCACCGACUUCGACUUGAGUCUGGACAACAGCCCUCUGCUGCAGUCCAUUCACCAGCUGGACUUCGUGCAGGUGAAAGCUUCCUCUCCAGUCCCAGCAACCCCCAUCCUACAGCUGGAGGAAUGUUGCACCCACAACAACAGUGCUACACUGUCCUGGAAACAGCCGCCCCUGUCCACGGUGCCCGCAGAAGGAUACAUUCUGGAACUGGAUGACGGCAGUGGUGGUCAGUUCCGGGAAGUGUAUGUGGGAAAGGAGACAAUGUGCACCGUGGAUGGCCUUCACUUCAACAGCACAUACAACGCUCGAGUCAAGGCCUUCAACAAAACAGGAGUCAGCCCGUACAGCAAGACCCUGGUCCUGCAGACGUCCGAGGACACAGAUUCAGAAGAACAGACCCUCCCUUUUCCAGUGCCUUCGGAAAGAUUGCCGCUCCGUAGAAUGAGUCCUUUCUCCUCCACCCUUAAUCUACAAGCCAGCUUCCCGGGGAGAGCCUACUUUGGUUUCCGAUCCUCACCCCACCAGCAGAGUUUGCAUUCCUCUUUACAGUCUCUCAAUGCACCCGGAUGCAAUUUUGAGACACAGUCUGCACCUUACUCUCAAUUAGUUGACAUUAAAAAGCUGUUGGCAGUGGCCUGGUUCGCUUUUGACCCUGGCUCGGCGCACUCAGACAUCAUCUUCUCCAAUGACAACCUGACGGUGACCUGCAGCAGCUACGAUGACCGGGUGGUGCUGGGGAAGACCGGCUUCUCCAAGGGCGUGCACUACUGGGAGCUCACGGUAGACCGCUAUGACAACCACCCUGAUCCUGCCUUUGGCGUGGCUCGCAUCGACGUGACGAAGGAUGUGAUGUUAGGAAAGGACGACAAAGCCUGGGCAAUGUAUGUGGACAAUAACCGGAGCUGGUUCAUGCACAGCAACUCGCACACAAACAGAACCGAGGGAGGGAUUGGAAAAGGGGCCACCGUCGGGGUCCUCCUCGACUUAAACAGAAAAACGUUGACGUUUUUUAUCAACGAUGAACAGCAAGGUCCCAUUGCGUUCGAGAACGUGGAGGGCCUCUUCUUCCCUGCCGUCAGCCUCAACAGGAACGUGCAGGUCACGCUUCACACCGGGCUGCAGGUCCCCGACUUCUACUCCAGCAGAGCGUCAAUAGCCUAAGGAUGUGCGUGGAGGCGCCAGCUGCCCGUCUCACCUCCGCCUGCGAGAGCCAGGGCGAGGCGCUCAGCCAGCCGCACAGAGAGGUACAGCGAGCAGGCGGGAGAAGGAGAGGCGGGGGAAGACAGCUGGUCCUCCACGGUCUUCACACCCACAGCUCUGCCCUUACCCCUCCACGUCUCCCCACCACUGCCAUGCCUGUGUUCGCUUCCAUAUCCAGAGAUUCUAACCAACCACGGACCCAGACAGCCCGCCACGCCACUUCGCCACCCCCAGGUUUUGCUUUGAUUUAAUUUAAGUUUCUCUGUAGGUGAGUUCUAUUUUGCUUCUCGUCCGAUCAUGUUAUUGGUGACUUAUUGAACUGGCACUGCCCGGAGAAUGUUCUCCCAAUAACUAUUUUCUUGAGCUUUCUGUUGGGAAAGAGGUGGUAGGGGGAGGUAGGGAAGAAAGAGCUGAAUUUGGAGCUUGCAGCUCACUCCCUGGACUGCCCUGUUCCCUCCCAUGCAGCGUCAGCUCUCAUUAUUGGGAGGUGGGCAGAGUGAGCCUAGCGCUGAGAACUUUCACCACCCACUGAAGCACAAAGGUUCAGCCACACAGGUUUAAAUCACGCUAGGAUCAUUAAGAUGGCCCCAUCAUUGGGGCAGGCCUUGCUACGAAAUCGGCAAGCCAGGGGACUUGAUGAUUUGGGACUCCUUUACAAAUUUUUAACGGAGAACAUACUAUGGACCAGGCACUGUGUUUUAAUUCAACACUGUGGAGACACAGAGCUGGGUGAACAGGUGCGCUUCCUGCCUCCUGGAGCUUAUAGUCUAGUGGGAGAAUGAAGCAAAACUAAAAUGAUUAUAAAUUUGCGUUUGUAGCAGACAGGAAAUAGACAAAGGUCAAAGAAGCUGCUUGGCGAGAGUUUUCAUGUUCCCUAGAACAAUGGUAAAAAUCCACGUAUUCUGGCUGUAGCACCAGAAACGGACCAACUCAAGGCCUUUUCCACUGUGUUGUCUUUAAUCGUGGUACCUGCUACCAUUCAUCACAGGGCCUUUCUCUGGCAGAAACGGUGUCAGCAUUCGUAUGUGUUGAUGCUACAACUAUGCUAAGCCUUAAAAGUGGAUGGCAUAAAGGAAACUAGUGACCCGAGGGCACAGGCCCCGUUCUCAGGAACCGGGGGUCCUGGGUGGAGUGGGCACUGUCACACUCUCAGGAUACACACGCCAUCCCCAUGUAACACUCUCUGUGCCUGUCACAGGAAGCUCAUGCAUUCUGCUGCUACUUACAACCUUACUUCCCGGAGUAGUGCGAACAAUGCUGGGAAAACAUCAGCUUGCGUGUCAGCCCCAUGACGGAGAGCAGAACAGCAGCGCAAUGUAGUCACAGUGCUUCUCACUUCCAGACAUGGACUUAGCCAAGUGGCCCUUCUGAUUCCUUGUCUGACAUCAGUCACGUGUUAGGAAAAGUAGGCUCUGGAAAGAAGUUCUGAUUAGCUAUCCAAAUAGUUUCCAGUGAGCUAAAAUGUUCACCAUGAAAACAAAUAAUAAUAACAAAUAGAAGGAAAGGGAUAGGAUGGAAAAGCUAACAAAUUAAAGUUUUUGGGGAAAGUAAUAUAUGUAAAUAGCUAAUGGUUUACUUCUGUGCUUCCUUUAUUUUGAUGAUUUCUAUAGGUUAUAAUGAUUUUCUAGUUAACUGUACCUAAUUUAUUGAAUGGGUGCUAUCCUGUUAAUGUCCAUCUUGGUUUUCCUUGGCUACAACUCUGUUGCGGGACAACACUCGUUGCUAUUUGAUUUACUCGAUGGCUGGGCCGCUGUGGCCUCAUAGUUACCCUUGUACUUUACUAAAAUCCUCCUGGUAAUUAGGUCUCCAGUGACUUGUAACAUGUAGCUUACACGGAAUCACGGCUAGAGACGCACAAUGCUACUGUACUAGAAAAAAAGUCAUCCUUUCUGGUGUGCCAAUAAAUGAUUUUUAUGAGAGAA